CCACCUGCUCUGACCUGGCAUUUCCUAUGCCUGGUGCCUUUCUUGAACGCAAAGGGUUUUUGCAAGGGGCUAAGCGACAGCCCCUUUGGGUAACCGCUACCCCAUCUUAUGUUCCUAACAGGGCCCACCCACAGUGCCACCAUGAGUGAGGCCUUUGACUGUGCAAAAUGUGGUGAAUCCCUGUAUGGCCGUAAGUACAUCCAGACGGAUGGCGGCCCCCACUGCGUGCCCUGCUAUGACAACACCUUUGCCAACACCUGUGCUGAGUGCCAGCAGCUUAUUGGGCAUGACUCAAGGGAGCUGUUCUAUGAAGACCGCCACUUCCACGAGGGCUGCUUCCGCUGCUGCCGCUGCCAGCGCUCCCUGGCCGAUGAGCCCUUCACCUGCCAGGACAAUGAGCUGCUCUGCAAUGACUGCUACUGCAGUGCCUUCUCCUCACAGUGCUCUGCCUGUGGGGAGACCGUCAUGCCUGGGUCCCGGAAGCUGGAGUAUGGAGGCCAGACAUGGCAUGAGCACUGCUUCCUGUGCACUGGCUGUGAGCAGCCGCUGGGCUCCCAUUCCUUUGUGCCCGACAAGGGUGGUCACUACUGCGUGCCCUGUUAUGAGAACAAGUUUGCGCCUCGCUGCGCCCGCUGCAGCAAGACACUGACACAGGGAGGCGUGACAUACCGUGACCAGCCCUGGCAUCGAGAAUGCCUGGUCUGCACUGGCUGCCAGACACCCCUGGCAGGGCAGCAGUUCACCUCCCGGGAUGAUGAUCCCUACUGCGUGGCCUGCUUUGGGGAACUCUUUGCACCCAAGUGCAGCAGCUGCAAGCGCCCCAUCACAGGUGGGACAAGGGUCAAAAAACAGGGUGGGUAGGGUACAGCCAAGGGAGUGGGAUCUGGUAUUGGGUGAGGUUGAGGGGCAGGACUUAAUCCCAGGAU